AUGCAUAACCUUGCGGUUCUUGGUCUCGCCACUCUGGCCCUCGCGGCCCCGAGCACUCUUAACGAGAGGGCCAGUACUUGUACUUUCACAUCGAUAGACACUCUGGCGUCGAAGAAGAAGUCUUGUACCGACAUCGUGAUCAAGGGGGUCACUGUUCCAGCUGGACAGACACUCGACUUGACCGGCCUCACUGAUGGUACAACUGUCACCUUCCAAGGCACCACGACGUUCGCGUAUAAGGAGUGGGAGGGCCCCCUAAUCAGCGUCUCGGGAACCAAGAUCACUGUUAAAGGCGCCAGUGGUCAUGUCAUCGACGGCCAGGGCGCAAAGUGGUGGGACGGAAAGGGUAGCAACGGAGGCAAGAAGAAGCCCAAGUUCUUCUACGCCCACAGCCUGAAGUCAUCGACGAUCACCGGGCUCAACAUCAAGAACACCCCGGUCCACGGCUUCUCCAUCAACGGUGCCAAGGGUCUAACUUUAGACCACAUCACCAUCGACAACUCAGCCGGCGACUCCGGCGGCGGCCACAACACCGACGCCUUCGACGUCGGCUCCUCCGACAACGUCAAGAUCAUCGGCGCCAACGUCAAGAACCAGGACGACUGCUUAGCCAUCAACUCGGGUACCAACAUCGAAUUCACGGGCGGCACCUGCUCAGGCGGCCACGGGCUCAGCAUCGGCUCCGUCGGCGGCCGCAGCAACAACGAGGUGCGCAACGUGGUCAUCUCCGGAUCCACGAUCAGCAACUCGCAGAACGGCGUGCGCAUCAAGACGGUGUACAACGCGUCCGGCUCCGUCAGCAACAUCACGUACUCGGACAUCAAGCUCAGCAACAUCUCCAAGUACGGCAUCGUCAUCCAGCAGGACUACGAGAACGGCAGCCCUACCGGCACCCCUACGACCGGCGUCCCCAUCACCGAUCUCAAGAUCAACAAGGUCACGGGUACCGUUACGAAGGAUGCUACUAAUGUGUACAUCCUGUGCGGCAAGGGGUCGUGCAGCAACUGGAAGUGGACUGGUGUGAGCGUUUCUGGGGGCAAGAAAGCUCCAAGUGCGCGAACAUUCCUUCGUCAGCUGCUUGCUAGAUGUUUUAGUCAAGUCAAUUCUUGUAUAUAUGUAGCCGCGAUAUAUAUAAAUAAAGUGUAG